AAAAAAGAAUAGCCAAAGCCUAUAAGGAACUCGGUCGGUUCCCGCCACCAAAGCCAUUAAAAUAAGUGGUAAGGUGCAAGUGUUUUUCAAAGCCACCUCCACUAACCACUCUUAUUAUAAAUAUGGAAACAGGCCUUUCUGCCUCUGUAUACUUUCCAAAGCCAAACUUGGUCUUUGUCAAGUUGCUCUAGUGCUCGCAGUGGUCACUUGAACAAGCAUCUUGCUUGUUUCAACUUCAAAUAUUAAUUGUCAGGUAGUCUUUUGAUCUAGUUUCUGAUAAUUCGUAGUGCAAAAGCAAUUCAAACAGUUUUUGUUUUUUGAGGUCCGGCAAGUGGAAAGACUCUAGAAGAGUUCUCUUUUGUUUCCACCAUUUAAGACUUCUACCAAGUUGAGCUUAACAUGGAGCAUUCUCGUCUCUCUUUACUAGAAUUUGGCAUUUCUUUCAUUUGCUUCUUCCUUUGCACCCAAGCUAGGUGGCAUAACCAUACAAAACACCACAAACACAAUAAUAAUCACAGAUCAUCCACAAUUUCCGAACCUCCCACUCCUCCACCUGAGCCCGCUGAUCCUUCAGAUGGGAGUGGCUAUAACUCUAGUGGAGUUUUUGAUGUACGAAAUUUUGGGGCUAUAGGUGAUGGUAUAAUAGAUGAUACGGACGCGUUCAAGAUGGCAUGGGAUGCGGCCUGCAACCAAGUUGAUCCUGCUGUCAUCCUUGUUCCUUGUGGUUUUGAUUUCAUGAUCCAAUCUACAAUUUUCUCUGGUCCUUGCAAAAAUGGUCUAGUGUUUCAGGUUGAUGGGACUCUUAUGCCACCUGAUGGACCUGAUUCUUGGCCACAGAAGAACAGCAGACGUCAAUGGCUAGUAUUCUACAGAAUAAAUGAAAUGUCACUUCAAGGAGGUGGUGUAAUAUAUGGCAGAGGAGAGAAAUGGUGGGAUCUUCCUUGUAAACCCCACAAGGGAAUAAAUGGAACAACAAUGCCUGGACCUUGUGAUAGUCCAACUGCCAUAAGGUUCUUCAUGAGCUCAAACCUAACUAUCCAUGGACUUAAAAUCAAGAAUAGCCCGCAGUUCAACCUCAGAUUUGACAACUGCAAGAAUGUUCAUGUAGAAUCAAUUCACAUUACCGCUCCUGCCUUAAGUCCCAACACUGAUGGAAUUCACAUAGAGAACACCAAUGGUGUUGGGAUAUAUAAUUCAGUGAUCUCUAACGGCGAUGAUUGUGUAUCAAUAGGGUCAGGUUGUUUUGAUGUGGACAUAGAGAACAUCACAUGUGGACCGAGUCAUGGAAUCAGCAUUGGGAGUCUAGGAAAUCACAAUUCACGAGCCUGUGUUUCCAAUAUCACAGUCAGGGACUCGGUGAUUAGAGUCUCGGAUAAUGGAGUUAGGAUCAAGACAUGGCAAGGUGGAUCGGGAGCAGUAUCAGGAAUAACUUUCAGUAAUAUUCACAUGGACAACGUCAGGAAUCCGAUUAUAAUUGACCAAUUCUACUGCCUCACCAAGAGGUGCGCCAACCAAACAUCUGCCGUUUCAGUAUCAGAAAUUCUCUAUGAAAACAUAAAGGGAACUUACAAUAUUCGAAGCCCACCAAUGCAUUUUGCGUGCAGUGACUCACUCCCAUGUACCAACAUAACACUCUCAGAUGUUGAGCUUCUUCCUGCUGAAGGAUAUACAGUAAUGGAUCCAUAUUGUUGGAAUGCAUAUGGAGAUUCACAAACCCUAACCAUUCCUCCAGUUUCUUGCUUGAUGGAGGGCAUUCCCGGAUCAAUCUUGAAUAAUGACAUGCAUUACUGUUGACUCAACUGCUAGCUAGAGCCUUUUCGAAUCUUUUCUCCAUCCAAUCCCAUCUCAAGAGCUAAUGGCUUUAUUUUAUAUAUAAAAAAAUCCCUUCUGAAGAGUCCGGCAAUUUCAAACUUUUUUUUUUCAUUAU